GAGCAAUACUACAGGCUUGGAGAUGACAUGCCAAUGGGACUGAAACUCGCGUCACUGGACCAACUGAAGCAACUCGUCCGCUUUUGGGAAGCACUUGGCGGUGGUGCGCGAGCGCAAGUCAAACAAAUCCUAAUUAACAGGGCUCGAAUCUUGUACCGCCCGCAAGAUCGUGAUGCCUACGACCAAAGCUUCAUGCGAACCCACACCUCCAGGGCCUUCAACUUGGCAUCAGAGUGGAAUGUCGAUGAGGUGUCGUCUUUCAGCCACAUGCGCUUGAACUUCGUGGAGUUUCUCGCUGCGCUAGGAGCUGUGGUGUACCUGAAAGAGACCUACGUGCCAGAUGAGUUCGCAGAUCUCCUGGAGGAAUUCAUCCUGGAUCAGCUCAAACCAGUGGUCUUGGAGUACAGGGCGCGCACGGGCAAGGGUGAGGAGAUUGAAGGGUUGCUGACCCACAAGACUCUUCGGAAGGUGUGCGAACAGAUCUUUCGAAGUGCAGAUGAGGACUCCGAUGAAACCUUGAGCGCCCUUGAGUUUGGCAAUGCUCUACGAGACCCCAAAACCAAAGAGCUCUUCAAAGGGAAGGAGUUCGACAUCUCGCAGAUCAUGGAAGUCUUUGGCGCGUUGGACGAAGAUGGAAGCGGGGAGCUCAAUUUCGCCGAGGUGUUGCAUGGCAUCAGCGCGCUGCUGAAGAUGGAGCAAACCGAGCCACGUAUCAAAGCCUUUCUGAAGAAGGACGGUGGAGACUGGGAACUCUCUGGAGGGGUGGGGGUGGGGUGUAGCCUGGUGAAUGUGGUGGUCAUUGGGGUUAGUUCGAUAGAUGGGAGAAGCCAGGAAUGGGAGACCCAAUGGAAAUUUCCACGGGAUUGA